ACUCUUCCCCCGACUCUUCCCCUCACUCCAGCUAGAUGCGUGGGCUCAUUAUCUGCUCUCAAGGCUGCCACGUCCCUUCUGGGGAACUCUGAAGCAAUUUUACUCAGGACAUACGGCUUUCCUAUGGAUCCAACUAAACAUGAAGUGAUUUCUCGAAAGGAAUGGAGUGUGCUGAUCCAACUAAACAUGAAGUGAUUUCUCGAAAGGAAUGGAGUGUGCUGAUCGUCUUCUACUACAGCCCCAUCCCAAGGGAUACCGUUUGUGCAUGCUUCAAGAAACCUAUCAUGUCAAGGAUAUUAUUCAAAUUGGUGGCAGAGAUGAGAGAAUUGUCUCUGUUGGGCGGAACCUCACUAGCAGCCUGACCAAUCCCAGGGAGAGGACAAGAACGAGACAAAUAAAAGGGGGGCCAGAUGGGAAGGCAGUAUGUAAAUACCAAGAGCCCUCAGCUGCCAUCUCAGUCCUGAGGAAUUUACACCAGGGCCAGAGGCAGAAGACUGUACGGCUCAUUCAUAUUCAUUGUCUCAUUUAUUCAGCAGUUAACUAGAGAUUCAGGUUAUUGUUAAUCUCAAAGUUUGUUAGUAAUGUUGGCUGGAAGAGGAGGGGGCAGCCUUGGCUAUCCAGACUCCCCCACUUGGUAAAGCCGUGGCUGCUCAAACCAGCCAGCCUACUCUCUCACCCCUUUUCCCUUCUGUUUCAGAAAGAAGAGCUGCCCUCACAAGCUGCGUCCGCUUGCCGCCAUGUCCUUGGCAGGAAUGAGGUGCCUGGUGACAGGAGCUGGUGGGUUUCUUGGUCAAAGGAUAGUUUGCCAGUUGCUGGAGGAAGAAGAGAGCCUAGCUGAGGUCCGAGGUCUGGACAAAGCAGUCAGCUCUGAGGCACUCCAGAAUUUUGGAAAAGUGAAAACUAAAACUCUCUUGACGAUCAUGCAAGGGGAUAUCCGGAAUGAGGCAUUUCUUCACAAAGCUGUCCAAGGUGUCUCUCUCGUCAUCCACGCAGCUUCCAUCAUCGACACUGUGGGACUUGUAGACAAACAGAUGCUCUGGGAUGUCAAUGUCAGAGGUACACAGCUGCUGCUGGAGACCUGCCUUCGCAAUGAUGUCCCAUAUUUUAUCUAUACCAGCAGCAUUGAAGUGACAGGUCCAAACAACAGAGGUGACCCCAUCUAUGAUGGCAAUGAAGACACCGUGUAUCAGAUCACCGAAGGAUUUCACUACGGCAAUAGUAAGAAAGAGGCAGAGAAAUUUGUGCUAGGGAUGGAUAACCAACCACUGAAGGAUGGCAACAGCUUUGUGACGUGUGCUUUGAGGCCCAUGUACAUCUAUGGAGAAGGGAGUCCUUUCUUUCUGAAUCACCUGGACGAAAGCAUCCUAAACAAUCGUGUCUUUUUGAGGAUCUCUAGGAAGGAGGCCCUUGUAAAUCCCGUCUAUGUGGGGAACGUCGCUUGGGCUCAUAUUCAAGUGGCUAAAGCCAUGAGGGAUCCAACAAAAGUCAAGCAGAUCCGAGGACACUUCUAUUACAUCUCUGAUGAUACUCCCCAUCUGAGUUAUUCAGAUCUGAAUUAUGAGCUGACCAAAGAGCUGGGAUUUGGCAUUGAAGCCAAGCAAGCCAUGCCCCUGAUGAUGCUCUACUGCUAUGCUUUCUUGCUGGAGAUUGUGAGCUUCUUGCUCCAGCCUUUUGUCAGAUUUGUCCCUACUGUCACGUGUCACCUUCUGACCAUGCUCAAUACCCCGUUCAGCUUUUCUUACAGGAAAGCCCAAAGGGAUUUUGGCUACAUGCCUAGGUACAAAUGGGAAGAGGCCAAGCAGCACACCAGCCAGUGGGUUGCUAAGAUAACUCCACUGAGGACAGCAUCCCUGAAAACCCACACUGUGUAAUGCUGACCACUGUGGCAGGAUAAACAGGCCCUAGGAGCCAGAGUGGGUGGGUGGGGCGUGACAGGAGGAGGCAGUAGAGCACAGGCGGUAGGAAACCCAUGUUCUGAAAUACCUGAUUAAAAGAUAAUGCGCCUUUAACACAGGUUGAAGAAGCUGUAUAGAUGAGCGCCUUGGUUGUAGAUAGAGAAACUUACACAGCUUUCUCCUGGAUUGUUCACCCUUUCCUAUCAGCUCCUGUCAUCAGUCAAAACCCUGAUUCUGGGGUAUCCAAAGAUGAUGGUAGUGAUUUGUCAGGAUAUUUAUUCCCCUGUGAGGAGUAAAUAAAGGGGGAGCAACUGCUGCAGCUUUUUCAGGAUUCUUGAAGCCCAUGUGCAAUACCUCAGCAUACGGGCUCAGUUCCUCAAAGCAAUUCCCACUUAUGAGGCAGAGGUAUAAACCAUCUAACAUGGAGCAAUCCCCCAACUGUGUUUUUGAAGAUCAACGUGUAAAUGUUGCUCUCCAAAAACACAGUCUGGGGACUACGCUGUUGCUUUUUAUUUCAAUGGAAAAGUUUGCUCAAGAACCUUCUAACCUUCACAGCAUCUAGGCAAAGAUCACCUGCAACCACUUUCUAGCUAGCCCUAAUGCGUGGUUUUACAUAUAAAGGCACACAAGAAACCAUUAAGGAAUAAAGAGGCAGGAGGCUUCAUGUCCUCAGAAAAAGAAUCUUACAAGAAUGGAGACUAGGACCCAUAUCUGAAAAAGAAGUAUUUUAGUUUCUUAAGGUGCAGGCUUCAAAGCAUCUGUUCUGCACUGCUCUUGCUAAACUCCUGUUAAUUUAAGUAAAAGAUAGUCAUGUUAGCUAUGAUCACAUAAUUCAUCUGCUUUGCUUUGCCUUGCCUGAUAACAUAAAUAAAAGAUGAUCAUGAUCAAC